CGAAAAAUUGAGCGAAGCCAAGAAAGAAAGUGCGCUUCUCCUCCUCAAAAGUAAAUGUUGGCAAAAAAUAAUUGCUCUCAAAAAAGAAAAAGAGACUCAAUAUCAACAAACUCUGACCGAAGAAUUGAAGGUUAUCGCUCAACUCAAUUAUGCUGAUUACUUUUUAAUUUUCAGUGAUGUCGCCCAGCAUUUAAGGGCUGAAAAUAUUAUUGUGGGACCUGGACGCGGCAGUGCCGUGGCUUCUUUGGUUGCCUAUUUAUUAGGGAUAACUCAAAUUGACCCCUUGGAACAUAAAUUAUUUUUUGCUCGCUUUCUCAAUGAAAAAAGAAAAUCCUUGCCGGAUAUCGAUUUAGAUGUAGAAAAUCAAGACGAAGUUUUUAAUUACUUACAAAAAAAAUAUUCAAAAAAACAGGUAGCCCGCAUUAUUACUCGCAAAAAAAUUGGUUGGAAAGUCGCUUUGCGAGAAAUAGUUAAAUUAUACCGAAUAGACGAGAUUAAAUUAAAGGAAAUUACUUCUUUGACUGGUGAAAACCCCGAUUUCAUCCCUUUGAAAGCCGAAAAAGAUUAUUUGCUGACUCUCUUUGAAGAAAACAAAUUAGCCGCAUUGGGACUCAAAAAAUAUGACUUUUUGAGUUUACGAGAGACGCUUGGUUUUAUUCGGGAGGCCCGGUCAAUUUUGUCAACCUCUUUGCCAGACUAUCAAAAAAUAAGUUUGACAGAUCAAAAAACUUGGGACAAUCUAAAAAAUUUUCUCUUAACUGGGAUUUUUCAACUAGACACCCCCUCUGCCCGGACCCUUUUUAAUAGAUUUCGUCCGCAAAGCUUUGCCGAUCUUGUAAUUUUUCUUUCCCUCAACCGACCAGGCACCAGAAAAAAGGCUGAAGAAUUAUCCCAAAACAAAAACAAUAACGCUAAAAUUAGUUUCACUUCUCCAGCAAUUAGGGAAAUAUUAACCGAGACUUACGGCCAUAUCAUCUUUGAAGAACAAAUUAGCCAAAUUUUGAAAAUUGAAGAAUACGAUAACAAAGAGACCUCCCUCAAUAUAUAUGCGAUUAUUUGUGGUCUAGAAAAGAAAAGUGAGAGUAAUUAUAUCCUUUCAUUACAAGAUAUCAGAAAUGCUUUUCAAUUAAACAUAAGUUCCGAUUUUUAUCAAAAAAAUAAAGAAAAUCUGGUAAUUCAUAGUGAGUUAUUAUUUACUUUGAAAAUAGGAGUAAAAAGAGGAAAAAUUAAUUCUUUGUUAGUUAACAAACAAAAAAAACCCAACUCCACUAGCCAAAACAACAACACCCCAGACCAAUCCAAUCCUACUCCUAAUCAAGAACCCCAAGAACAACCCACUAAUAAUCCUCUCCCUUCCCCCGAAACUAUUCAAGAAAACUACAAUAACGAUAAAGACAAAUCCACCAUUGAAAACAAUUCUAAUUCAACCACUCCAGAACAAAAAGAACAAUCUGAAGCAUUAUUAAAAUUAAUCAUUGAGGCUGAAUUCUUAAUUAAGAACAACCAAUUUAACCCUGAAACUUUAUCUAAACUACUUAAAGAAAAAGAACAAAACGCAGAAACUUAUCAACUCUUAAAAGAAAGAAUAGAACAGGCUAUUAAUGAAUUGUCUAACUUGGAACAAAAAAAUAAUAAUAGCAAUAAUGAACCAACUGUAAAUAAGCAACCAACUAUGGGUUCUGCUGAAAUCUUGGCUAUUUGUGGAGUGAUUGGGGUGGUAAGCGCGAAGGGUUUAGGUUUUGGGGGCGAAUUUUCUCCUCAUAACCUUUCUCUU